AUGGCUAUUAGAGGUAGAGGUGGUGUUAAAAAGGUAUUUUCGAAAAGAGCGUCGCCAGCUGCGCGUGCAUCCCUGACUGCGGGAUCAGCGUUAGACCUCACAAUUGACAUUGGCAAGAAGAAGCAAAUCACCGUUCACCAGUACAAUGGGAUCAGCUUGGUUGAUAUAAGAGAAUUCUACGAGAAGGAUGGUGAGAUUCUUCCCGGUAAAAAGGGUAUUUCCUUAUCACAGGAAUCCUGGGAGUUGUUACUCAAGAAUGCUCAGAAAAUUGACCAAGCGUUGUCGGCUUUUGCUGAGAAGGAUUCAGCUAUUAAGAAGGCCAAAGAGGAAUCAAAGGAAGAAUCAAAAGAGGAGGAACCUGUGGCAACCAAAAUAGAGGAAUCCGAUACCCUUCCAAUGUCCCAGGACUACGCGGAGCGCUGA